GGACUGUAUCCGUAGAGAGAGAGAUUGCUGCGUAGAAAAUACUCUUGAACCUCGCCCUCCCACCCAUCAUCUUCAACGCGACAGAAAACUUCACCAGCCGUCCAAUUCCCCCUUCUAUCCGGCAGCACAACAACUCCAAUCUGUUUCUCGUGCUCGUCGUGGUGAAAUCCUGGCCUUCCUGCCGCUGCAUCGCUCAACCGCAACCCCGCCCAGCUAUGCCUGUGCUCGUGUUCAGAUGUUCCGAGCACUGUUAAGCCGGUCGUUCAAAAGACAGGGCGGCGUACGCGGCGCCGUCUUCCCAAGUUCCCGGCCGAGCCAGGGUUGGCUCGCGCCGAGCGGGAUACGGAAGCCGUUCGACGAGUCCUUGCGAAAGCUCGAUCAGCCGUACCCUCAGCCCUACUACUCCUAUGACGACAACACACACAAGUGGAUGCGGUUCGAGGCCGGCCCUGGCAAGAAGGUCCCGGCCGGGGUCGAGCCUGCGCUCGACCUCCGCCGUCUCGCCCUGUACAGCUGGAACGUCGACGCGCGGCCGCGCUUCCCCCAGGCCCGGAUGGACGCCGCGCUGCACCACAUCGAGGAGCUGGCGAGCAAGCUGCCGCCUACCGUGGCCGUCGUCAUCUUCCUGCAGGAGUGCGUCGAGCUGAGCCUGGACGGGAUCCGCGACCGGGGGUGGAUCCGGGAGCGCUUCCACGUCACCGACCUCGACAGCGGCGCGUGGGGCCAGCUGGAGUUCGGCACGACCGCGCUGGUCGACCGCCGCCUGCGCAUCGCCUCGUGCUUCCGCGUGUACUACAGCAAGUCGCGCCUGAUGCGCGACGCCUGCUUCGUCGACGUGGAGCUCGGGGCCGGAGGCGCCGCCCCCCUGACCGUCCGCCUCUGCAACACCCACCUCGACGCGUUGUCCGUCCUGCCGCCCUACCGCCCGCGCCAGGUGUGGCUCAUCGCGCAGCACCUGCGGUCGCCCGCCGUCGGCGCCGGCGUCGUCGCCGGCGACUUCAACGCCACGGAAGCCUACGACCGCACGCUGCACUCCGAGAACCGCCUCCGCGACGCCUACCUCGAGCUCGGCGGCCGCGAGGACGCCCCCGACAGCCACACCUGGGGCCCCCAGGCCCAGACCGCCCUCAAGACGCGCCACCCCGCCGUCCGCAUGGACAAGGUCCUCUUCACCGGCCCCCUCACUCCGCGCAGCUUCGAGAGGUUCGGCAUCGACAUCCAGCUCUGGAACCCGAUGCAGCAGAGCUACAUCCUCGACCAAGGCUACGAGAAGCCCUGGAUCAGCGACCACUACGGUGUCGUGGCUAACUUCGACGUUGACUCAUAACGCCGCGACGCGACGCUGAAUCGCCCGUCACCGUCGCGCGACACCCACCCCCAUUCGGGUAGUACUACGAGAUAUGUAAUAUAUACGUCUCCCCCGUGCUCGGGGACGGGACCUGAUGCUCUGGCUCUGUCAUUAGUACGGCCUUAAAUCGGGGUCUGAGCACGAUCUCCCCUCCUAGACACUUGCUCUGUAAACCUUAGGCUGAAGAGUGCGAGAAAGAGCUUUAGACCCGUGGAGUCUAGUUCACGAAGUAGAAAUGCUAC